AUGGUUCUAGCGGGAAGUGUUCCAACCAAUGCAUCGACUGCAUCUGGCUCUCUUGGCGGACAUGCAGCUGGCGGACUGAUGAGUUCCUCUCCUCAUUCGCAUGUUGCGCUUAUCAGCGCCGUUACACCUGGGCUGGGUUUUUCAUUAUCCAACGGAAGCGAUGUGCAACCAUCGCUACUGGCCGUUGAUCCUGAAGAGGAUUCUCAUCAUUCUUAUCAUCAUGGGAUGCAUAUGGCAGCUUCUCCGCAUCAUCAUUUGUACCAUCAUCAUCACCAUCAUCACGAUUAUCAUCACCACGCGGCUGCUGCUGCAGCCCUUCUGGGUGGUUUCACGAGUGGCAGUGGUGGUGUUGGUUUGGUCGAUUGUGUGACUGAGAGUAACAACUGUGCCGAUCGUGAGGAUUCCACUGGAUUUAUUUCAGUCGCGGGUACUGCCGCGAACAGUGCAGUUGGAAAUUAUUGUCUCAGUGGAGGAGUAGACAGUGUGACUGGGUUGGUACAUUCUGUAACGACCGCCACCACACUGGCCAGUGCGAAUGAUGGCGAUGAAGCAGGAACUUCUGUUGAGAGUGGAUCAAUUAAUGGUGGUAGUGAUAGUAACGGUGUCCUGCGCUCGAAUGAUCGAUCGGUCUCAUCUUCGUCCAGCCUCACGUUGACGGCAAGAACGGCUGCUGCUGCCGCGGCUGCCGUUGCUGCUGUCUCGAAUCAUCACCAUCAUCUUCAGCAGCUUCCUUCGGCAGAAUUACCUUAUCAUCAUCAUCAUCGACCGCUACCGAUGGAUGUAUCGGCACUGUAG